GCAUAAGAAGAAAUGGAGGGAAGAUAGGCUCUAUGUAUUCUAUGGUGGUCGCUUGUAUUGCUUGGCGCCAUUGAUAAUUUGAUGAUGCCUCUUUGAUUAGAAUAGAGGGGUAUGUGGGCAACAUCGGAAGAAGUGAGGUGCUGAAAAGUCGUUCGUCAAAGGGAACCCAUCCAUCUAAGAACUCAGUGGAUUGGUGGCAGGGGCACUGAUGCCUUUCUUUCUCUUCAAUUUUGCCUUUCAUGCAAAGAAAGGCAAACGAGCAAUUCCUUUUGAAUCCCUUUUGUUUCGUCAUAAAUGAUUCUCUCUCUCCCAAAAUGUGAUUUCUCAUUUUUACAUGGUGGGACAUGUUUCCACAAAAUAUCAAAUUCAACAUUACUAUCCCUUCUUGCGCUUUCCUUCAUUUUUCCUUACCAAACACAUGCUCCACAGUUCCUUUUUUUGGUGGCUCAAUUUUCCAGUCUUUUCCUUCUACUAUUACAGGUUUUUUCCACACGAGUUUAUCAGACAAGAAAUGGGUUGCUCUCUGACCAUGAAGUAGUGGUCAGGUACGUGCUCGUUAGUUUCUGGGGAUACCCUUUCAUUUUUAGGCCACCAUGUUUGUACUUAACCCUUCUGGUCUCUUAAACUCAUCUGGGUAUCCAGAUUUUGAAGCCUGUGCAAGCUUAGUUUGAGAAAAGUUGGAGUCUUUAUUGUGAAGAAUUGGUUUUGUGGUGGCAAGUAUGAAACAGUUUGUGGUUCUGCCUCUUACAAUUUUGAUAUGGGUAUUCCUUACCGGUUCUGUGUACUGCCAGAGUCCUGCGGUUGUGAACAUUGGUGCAGUUUUUACUUUUAAUUCGGUUAUUGGUAGAGUCGCCAGGGUGGCGAUGGAAGCAGCCGUCUCUGAUGUCAAUGCGGAUCCAAGAAUUCUCAACGAGACAAAGCUCAAUUUGAUCCAGAAGGAAGCAAAUUGUAGUGCCUUCUUGGGGUCCAUUGGAGCUUUUCAGGUACUUGAGAAAGGGGUAGUGGCCAUAAUUGGUCCACAGUCCUCUGCUAUAGCUCGUAUGAUUUCUGAGAUUGCUAAUGGUCUCGAAGUGCCUCUUAUCUCAUAUGCUGCUACUGAUCCAACUCUUUCUGCUCUCCAAUUCCCAUUCUUUCUUCGAACCGCACAAAGUGAUUCCUAUCAAAUGGCUGCUAUGGCUGAUUUAAUUGACUUUUAUGAAUGGAAAGAGGUCAUUGCCAUCUUUGUGGAUGAUGAUUACGGCAGGAAUGGGAUAUCUGCUUUAGAUGAUGAACUUGAUAAGAAGAAAUUGAAGAUCGCUUAUAGAUUGGCUUUGCCUAUCCAGUUUGAUCUAAACAACAUCACUGAUAUACUCAAUAAAUCUAAAUCGCUUAGUCCUCGUGUUUAUGUUGUUCAUGUUGAUCCUGAUCCCAAAUUGAGAAUAUUCACCAUAGCUCAGAAACUACAAAUGAUGACCAGUGACUUUGUAUGGCUUGCGACAGAUUGGCUUUCUGCUACCUUAGACUCAUUAUCUCCAAUGAAUCAAACUUCACUCCAUAUUGUCCAAGGGGUAGUUGCGCUUCGUCAACAUACUCUAGAAUCCAGCCGGAAGAGGGAUUUUGUAUCACGAUGGAGAAAAAUGCUAGAAAAUGGUUUAGCAAGUUCUGAGUUGAAUACCUAUGGACUCAUUGCUUAUGAUACAGUUUGGGCAGUAGCACGUUCAAUUGAUGAGUUUGUAAAGGAACACAGAAAUAUCACAUUCUCUUUCAAUGAUAAGUUACUCAAAAUGAAAUCGGCUGAAUUUCAACUGGGGACGCUCAAAGCCUUUGAUGGUGGAUCUCUUCUGCUUAAGAAAUUAUUGCAGACAAACUUCACUGGUUUAAGUGGUAAAAUCCAAUUUAACCAAGAUGAUCAAAACAUUGUGAACGGUGGUUAUGAUGUCAUCAAUAUUGACCAGAUGGCAGUUCAUACAGUUGGUUAUUGGACUAAUGCUUCAGGCUUUUCAGUUUUACCCCCAGAAAAUCUUAAAAGGGAACAAAAUAGCUAUUCCCGCCCAGAUCAGAAGCUUAACAGUGUUACUUGGCCCGGCGGAAAAAAAGAUAGGCCACGUGGUUGGAUGAUUGCAACCAAUGAGAGACCACUGAGGAUUGGAGUGCCAAAUAGAGCAAGUUUUGUUGAAUUUGCCACUGAACAGCCCAACAGCCAUACAAUGCAUGGGUACUGUAUUGAUGUCUUCGUUGAAGCAUUGAAGUUAGUCCCAUAUUAUGUUCCUUACAGAUUUGAGCCUUUUGGGAAUGGCAGCUCUAAUCCUAGUUACGAUGGGCUUGUACAGAUGGUUGCAGACGAGGUGUUCUAUGCUGCUGUAGGGGACAUUGCAAUUGUGACAAACAGGACAAAGCUCGUGGAUUUUUCACAGCCUUAUGCUACUACUGGUCUUGUCAUAGUGGCUCCAGUCCGGGAUUCAAAAUCAAGUGCUUGGGUGUUUCUUCAACCAUUUACAGUAGAGAUGUGGUGUGCUACUGGAGCUUCUUUUGUAAUGAUUGCAGUAGUUAUUUGGAUUCUUGAGCAUCGAGUCAACAAUGAUUUCCGCGGUCCCCCUAAGAGGCAGAUUAUUACAAUGUUUCUGUUCAGUUUCUCGACAUUGUUCAAGACAAAUCAGGAAAGUACAGUAAGCCCACUUGGACGGAUGGUGAUGGUUGUAUGGCUUUUCCUAUUAAUGGUGAUCACAGCAAGCUAUACAGCGAGCUUGACUUCAAUCCUCACAGUUCAGCAGCUUUCAUCGCCCAUCACAGGAAUCGAUAGCUUGAUUUCAAGUAACUGGCCUAUUGGAUACCAAGUAGGUUCGUUUGCUUAUAGCUAUCUGGCAGACGGUCUUUACAUACCUAGGUCAAGACUCAAGUCUCUAGGCUCCCCAGAAGAGUACGAGAGAGCACUUCGACAAGGGCCAGACAAUGGAGGGGUGGCAGCUAUCAUAGAUGAGCUGACAUAUGUGGAGUUAUUUCUGUCAAAGCAAACUGAAUUUGGGAUUAUUGGGCAACCAUUUACCAAGAGUGGAUGGGGAUUUGCUUUCAAGAGAGGUUCCCCACUCGCAGUUGACAUCUCUACGGCAGUCUUGAAACUUGCUGAGAAUGGAUCACUUCAGAAGAUCCACGAGAGGUGGUUCUGUAAGAUGGGUUGUCCUGGAGAGAACAGACACAAAGAUGAGCCUAACCGACUCCACAUGAUCAGCUUUUGGGGUCUAUAUUUACUAUGCGGUAUCGUCACUCUCGGCUCCCUUCUGGUGUUUUUUCUGCGAAUGGUUCGCCAAUUUUUGCGGUACAAACGACAACAAAGGGAGUCGGAGUCCUCUCUUCAAUCUCCAGUGUCAUCAGAGGUCCACUGUUCUCAGGUCAUUUACAGCUUUUUUGACUUCAUUGAUGAGAAGGAAGAAGCAAUCAAGAAGAUAUUUACUCAACGUGACAAUCCUCAAGGUCAGAAUAGCUAAUUGUAUGUAAUGUUCUGAUAUUGAAGAAGAACAAGUUUUUGUAGUCGAUUCACUUGCUACAUUGCAACCAAACUUCAUAGGGCAUGUAUAUAUCAAUUUCCCUUGUAUAGUAAUAAAUAUAUGGUAUUGCUUUUCUAAA